AUGGACAAAAUUUCUAAGUUACCAGUGUGGGUUCGAUUUCAUGGGGUACCCCUACCAUUAUGGACUCAAAAAGGACUCAGCAUGGUCUCAAGUAUGGUGGGCCGACCGCUAUCUUGUGAUAAGCAGACAUAUGAGUGUACCCGUCUUUCCUAUGCUCGUGUUUGUGUUGAAAUUGAUGCAAAGUCACUUCCUUUACACAAUUUCAAUAUAACUUGCAGCUUAUCUCCGAACCCUAUACAAGUGAGGGUAGAAUAUGAAUGGAAACCGAAACGGUGUGACAAAUGUGGGGUUUUUGGCCACAAUUGCCAGCCAAAAGAGCAUAUGAAGACUAGAAAGCCCGCAGAGGAUGCAGUAACAGACAUGGCCCCUGCUCAAGCUCCACUUUCAGCUAAAGACAAAGGGAAAGCUAUUCUUAUAGAAAAGGAGGUGAUAAAGGAGAAGACAGGUACUUCCACAGAAAUGGCUCAGCCCUCAGAGGCAACUGUAGAUGAGACAUCGAAAACUUCCAACAUGGUUUCAAAUGAGGAGGAAGGCCCUAGAGAAGAUACAGUGGGACCUCUUGCUAUGGUUUUGGUUACUAAUCAAGACCAGGGCACCCCUUCAGACUCAGAUUCUGAACCAGACACUCCAAGAGCAAUUGAGGAGGAUCAGGAGCGUAUUAUGGGCAUUAGGGAAUGUGUAUUGAAUAAAUCGGCAUCCUUGCCAGAGUCCCCGAACCGCUUCGGCUUGUUGGACAGUAGUAUAGACCCUCCUACUACCUCUAAUGCAUCGGAUUAUGGUUCCAAAGAUAGUACUCCUCCACCGGUUGCACCCCGUGCACGAGGAAUGGGGAGUUGGAAUAUUAGAGGUCUCAAUGGCCUCACAAAACAGAGAGCAGUUAAGAGCUGGAUCUCAAAUUUCUCUUUGGGUUUGGUAGGUCUUUUAGAGACCAAAGUAAAUCAUCUGCAUCUGGAUUCAGUGGUUUCUGAGACAUGUCCUACUUGGCAGUAUCUGUCAAAUGCCACACCCUUGAUAGCUUGCCGGGUGUUAGUUUGUUGGGAUCCUUCAUUGUACCAUAUCAGUAGCACUCAUACCUCUCUUCAGGAGAUUACAUGUGGGGUUACCAAUCGGUUGGAUGGAUCAACUUUUUCUAUAACCUUUGUGUAUGGCUUUUCUGAUCCAGGUAAUCGAAGGCAAUUAUGGAAUUCCAUUCGAGCGCAUUCUCAAGCUCUUGGCCCCUCGCCUUGGUUGAUUAUGGGCGACUUUAAUGCUAUUCUUCGGUCUACCGACAGAGUUGGGGGAGAUACAGGCUGGUAUUCACACAUGGAUGAUUUUGGGCAAUGUGUCAAGGAUGCUGAGCUAAUAAGAGUACCUUACACUGGGUUAAGGUAUACUUGGCAUAAUGGCCAACAGGGGGAUGGUACCAUCCUGAGGAAGCUCGACUGGGUUUUUUGCAAUUUCGCUUGGUAUACUGCUUGGCCUAAUACAAAUUCUGAGUUUUUGGCUAGAGAUGCUUCAGAUCACAGUGCUAUGAUUGUACGGGUUAGGCCUUCACAAGCAAAGACACCCACUCCUUUCAAGUUUCUGAAUUUUUGGGCUACUCAUGAUCAUUUCUUAGAGACAGUUCAGAGG